UCUCCUUCUUGCUCCCCUCCGGUUUUUUGUUUCAACUGUAUUUUCAUAUUGGACUUUUAUUUUUUAUUGUGCUCGGUCUACGUCGUUGGCUAGCAUUUUGUAGUUGGUAGACUCGUAGGAACACUGCUAGUGUCCUCUACCUGUCCCUCGUUCAGAGUGGAAAAACACUACUCCUCAUAUACACACAUUACACUUAUACGACCUCAAACACUGUAUUAAAUGGAGAGCGUUAGCGGUCCUCCUCGCUAUAACGCUGCAGACGCAGUCUCUACUGGAGGUGUUCCCACUCUCCGUGACGCUUUCGGUGAUGUCAAUGACGGCGCACGACCAAUCGAAGAUGAUGACCAGCAAGGUCAACAGGUCAAUGUCGACGAGGGAGUGUCAGAAUUCCACCGUGCAGAGCUGGAAUUGCGACGAACCCUUACCCGUGAUCCCUCUAUGAAAAGCAGCAAGACGAACAAGACGAACAAAGUUGGGGCCGAUGACAUGAAAAUCGGUCUUACCGACUUGGAAGGCGGUGCUGACGUAAUCGUGGAAGAAGGGCAGCAAUUUGACCUGAAAGACUUUUUAGAGUCUAGUGUUCGUGCAGCGUCAGAGCAGGGUAUUGGGAGAAAGCGAAUGGGUGUCGUCUUCAAGGGCUUGACCGUCGUUGGUGAAGGUGCUGAUGCCAGCAGCAUUUCCAAUGUGGGAGACGUCAUCGUUGAUGGCUUGAAAGCCUUGAAUCCACUCUCUUGGUUCCGCAAAGAACAGAAGGGAACAGACUUUGAUAUCCUACACGAACUCAACGGUGUGGUCAAGGAUGGAGAAAUGCUUUUGGUUCUUGGACGUCCGGGUUCCGGCUGUUCUUCGUUCCUGCGCGUUAUGGCGAAUGAUACCAAAACCUACAAGGAUAUCCAAGGUGUCAUCACUUACGGUGGUGUUCCUGCAUCCGAAUUCGGGAGAUUUGCAGGAGAGGCCAUUUACACUGCUGAGGAAGACACCCACUUUCCUACUCUCACUGUCAAAGAAACCCUCCACUUUGCCCUAAAGACCAAAACACCUGGCAAGCGACUUCCCGAUUUGACCCGCCGCGAGUUCAGACAAAAGGUUGUAUACAUGCUCACCAACAUGUUUGGUCUCACAAAGCAAAUCAACACGUUGGUGGGUAACGAAUGGGUUCGUGGAUUGUCUGGUGGUGAGCGAAAGCGUAUGACCAUUACAGAAGCCAUGACUGCUCGUGCAGCCGUCAACUGCUGGGAUUGCAGUACUCGUGGCUUGGACGCUGCUUCGGCUCUGGAUUAUACCCGUGGUCUCCGGAUCAUGAGUGACACUCUUAACAAGACAACCAUCGCCUCAUUCUACCAAGCGUCCGAGGACAUGUACCAACUCUUUGACAAGGUCAUGGUCCUUGACAAAGGACGCAUGAUCUUCUUUGGUCCCGUCAACCGGGCCAAAAAGUACUUCCAGGAAAUGGGAUACGCUUGUGAGCCUCGGAAGAGUACGCCUGAUUUCUUGACCGGUAUCACCAACCCCAACGAGCGCUUGUACCAGCCUGGUGUUGACCGGGCCAAAGUACCCAGUAAUCCCGUUGACAUGGAAGCCUACUUUAAAAAUUCAGACGACUACAGGCGCUUGAAAAUGGAUAUUUCCGAAUAUGAAUCCUUUGUUGAGAAGGAACAACCGUACCGUGAAUUCCACGAUACGGUUCUCCAAGCCAAGACAAAGGGUACUCGUGCCUCUACCAUUUAUACCAACAACUUUUAUGAGCAAGUCAAGGCCCUUGUUGCUCGUGAGCUACAACUCAUGACGGGUGACAAGGCCUCGUUGAUCGGCAAGCUUAUCCUCACGAUUAUCAAAGCCUUUAUUUACGCGACAAUCUAUGUCAACCUACCGCUCAAUGCCAACGGUGCUUUCGUUCGUGGUGCAGCCUUGUUUUCUUCCCUCAUGUUUAACGCCCUGAUGUCUCUCUCUGAACUUCCCAAUGCCAUGCGUGGUCGUCGGAUUCUCGCCAAGCACAAAUCUUACGCAAUGUACUACCCCUCCGCCUAUCACAUCGCCGCCGUCGUAGCAGAUAUACCAAAUACCCUGUUGCAAGUGUUUGCGUUUUCGAUCUGUGCCUACUUUAUAGAAGGACUCAGAACGGACGCUGGCGCUUUCUUUGUGUUUGUGUUUACAAUCUUUGUCACUGGUCUCUGCAUGACAGAGGUGUUUAGGCUUUGUGGAAGUGUCUGCAAAUCGUAUUUCAGCGCAUCACAACUUGCAAACAUCAUUUUGAUUGCGGCCCUGUCGUAUAACGGAUUUUUGAUUACUACGGAUAAGAUGCACGGAUGGUUCAUUUGGUUGUACUAUAUCAACCCAUUGGGCUACGGUUUCAAGGCUCUCCUCCUUAACGAAAUGAAAGGUCUAAUCUUCCCGUGCACUGGAACCGAAGCUGUACCCUUUGGACCCUCAUAUACCAAUGACCUCUACCGAACGUGCACGCUCAAAGGACAAUCUGGUAACGAGCUAUUCGUCCGAGGUGAAGACUACGUCCGCGAAACUUUUGGCUACAAAGAAAGUCAAAUGAACAUUAGCAUUAUCGCCAUCGUGCUCUUCUGGUUCCUGUUCAUUCUCCUCAACUGUAUUGCCAUGGAAUACAUUGAUUUGAUCGAAGGAGGAUACACGCGUCAAGUCUACAAAAAGGGAAAAGCUCCCAAACAAAACGACACGAGCGAACUCAAAGUCUCUGAGGUUGCAACAGAGGAGAGCGAUACCGGAUUUGCGAGCGAUACUACAUUUACAUGGCAAGAUGUCAAUUACACUGUUCCCGUAAAGGGCGGCGAAAGACAGCUCUUGGACGCCGUCGAAGGCUGGAUCAAGCCUGGACAGAUGACCGCCCUCAUGGGAUCCUCUGGUGCUGGAAAGACAACACUUCUUGAUGUAUUGGCGAAGCGUAAGACUAUCGGUCGCAUUGACGGAAAGGUUUUCCUCGACGGUAAAGAACUCGGCAUUGACUUUGAGCGUAUCACUGGAUAUGUUGAACAAAUGGAUAUCCAUAACCCCAACCAAACCGUGCGUGAAGCUCUCCGGUUCUCUGCCAUGAUGCGUCAAGACCCCUCGGUACCCAUCGAAGAAAAAUACGCCUACGUCGAGAAAGUUUUGGACAUGAUGGAAAUGACUCAACUUGGUGAUGCCCUCAUUGGUAGUUUGGACACUGGUCGUGGUAUUUCUGUGGAGGAACGCAAGCGUCUGACUAUUGGAAUGGAACUUGUUGGUAAACCCCGACUCAUGUUCUUGGAUGAACCCACCUCUGGUCUCGACGCCCAGUCUUCCUACAAUAUCAUCAAGUUUAUUCGGAAACUCGCGGAUCACGGCAUGCCCCUCGUUUGUACCAUCCAUCAACCUUCCUCGAUCUUGUUUGAACACUUUGACCGAUUGCUCUUGUUGGCUCGCGGUGGUAAAACUGUAUACUUUGGCGAUAUUGGAAAGGAUUCAAAGGUUAUGUUGGAUUACUUUGAGCGCAACGGUGCACGCAAGGCCUCAACCGAGGAGAAUCCUGCAGAGUACAUUCUGCAGGUGAUCGGUGCCGGUGUCUCUGGUGGCAAAUCUGCAAUUGACUGGGCGGACGUCUGGAAGAACAGUCCGGAAAAGAAGUCUGUCACUGAGGAACUCAACACCAUUUCCAAAGGCGCUGGAUCACAACCCAAGGACCCCAAUGCCCGUGAAUUCUCGACAUCGAUGGGUUACCAACUCGCUCAGGUCUACAAAAGAAUGAACCUUGUAUUCUGGCGUGAUACCACGUACAACUUUGGUCGAUUCCUCAACGCCCUUUUCGUUGGUCUUUUCAACGGUUUUACGUUUUACCAACUCGGCAAUUCCACUUCCGACCUUGCAUCCCGUAUCUUUUUCAUUUUCCAGUUGCUCGUUUUGGGAAAUUCAGUUAUCAUUCUCGCCCAACCUCAGUUCAUGCAGCAAAGAGCCUAUUUCCGACGCGAAUACGCUAGCAAGUUUUAUGGAUUUGUACCGUUUGCGAUUUCGAUUGUGCUCACUGAGCUCCCAUACCUGGUCAUCACGUCUGCUUUCUGUUUCAUCGUCUCGUACUGGACUGCUGGACUCGGAACCUCGGCGGAACGAGGAUUCUAUUUCUUCUUGCUGCUCACGUUCUACUUGUUCUACGCUGUGUCGCUGGGACAGGCCGUUGCGUAUGUAUCUGUGUGUCCGCUCGCCGAGUUCUGGAAGGCAUGGAUGUAUCCACUGGAUCCAUACCAUUAUCUCCUGGAAGGCUUUGUGGUCAACGUUCUUCAUGACGUGCCUGUACAAUGCACGGACGAAGAUUUCAUUCGCUUCUCUGCACCGCCAAACACAACUUGUUACGACUAUACAAAAGAGUUCUUUUCCAUCGGUGCACCCGGCUACAUUGCGAAUCCCAACAGUACCACUACUUGCGACUAUUGUCAAUUUGCAGACGGCAAUCAGUACAUUGAUGUGUAUGAUUGGGAUUUUGGAAACCGGUGGAGGAAUUUGGGCAUUUUCAUCUGCUAUUGGAUAUUUAACAUUGUCGUGACGGUCUUCUUCACCUAUCUUUUCAGGAAGCCCAAGCGAUAA